AUGGAGGAUGAGGAACUUGAUCAAGUUAAUUGCACUCCUUAUAGAAACCUACCACCAGAAGAACUAAGAUUUUGUCCUCUAGUCUAUGAACCAAUUUGUGGAUCUGAUGGCAAAACCUAUUCCAAUGAAUGUAUCUUUUGUUUUAAAGUUAAGGAAACUGAUGAAAGACUUAAAUUUAUACAUUUUGGAAAAUGUUGA